AUGGCAUCACAAGACCAGGCCCGCCCUAUGAAGCUAUGCUUCGUCACGGUGGGAGCCACAGCUUCGUUUCAUUUACUUCUGCAGGCCAUAGUGGACCAUAGAUUUCUGGCUGCCUUGCAUGAAGCCAAUUAUACGCAUCUCCUAGUCCAAUACGGGAAGGACAGCCAAGCUCUCUUUGAAGAGCUUCUCAGCAAAUAUCCCCCUGGGAGCCCAAGUCGACACGGUAUUGAGAUAGACGGGUUCGAUUUCAAUCAUGCAGGUCUAGACGGGGAGAUGAGGCUUGCUCAACCGAGACUUGACGAAGGUCGAAGUGGGGGGUUAAUUAUCAGUCAUGCAGGAUCGGGCAGUAUCCUAGGCGCACUACGUUUAGGAGUGCCACUUGUGGUUGUUCCAAAUACAACCUUGAAGGACAACCACCAGGUGGAACUGGCCCGUGAGUUGCAGAAGCAAGGUUAUGUCAUUGCUAGCGGACAUCAGGAGGUGUCUGCUGCUGUAGGGCGCGCAGAGACACUACGGGCUCGCAUGCUGGCUUGGCCGCCUGUCAAUGGAGCAAAUCAGAAACGUCAUCGCACGCUGGAUCAAUCCGAUGUGGCCCAAGCUCCUCAGGUUGUUGACGGCACGGGAAACAUCAGAUGACCUACGUGGCACAACCUCCCCGGCCGUGGGGCCUUUCAUAACAAUCGCGCUUCACCCAAACACCGUCCCUUUAACCGUCCGCAACUUACCCCCCGAGCCACACCCCUCGCUCUCGCAAUGGCCGAGGCCACCCUCCAUAACGCCCCCAUUGUCAUCGACAAUGGCAGCGGCACAAUUCGCGCCGGUUUCGCAGGAGAGGAAGUCCCCUCAUGUUUCUUCCCGUCUUUCGUCGGUCGGCCAAAACACCCACGGGUGAUGGCCGGCGGUCUAGAAGGAGAUGUCUUCAUCGGAUCGAGAGCACAGGAGCUGCGCGGCCUGUUGAAGAUUCGGUACCCGCUGGAACACGGCAUUGUCACGGACUGGGACGACAUGGAGAAAAUCUGGCAUUACGUCUACGAGAACGAGUUGAAAACGCUGCCUGAAGAGCAUCCGGUCCUCCUGACUGAGCCACCGCUCAAUCCCCGCAAGAACCGCGACACGGCGGCCCAGAUCAUGUUCGAGACGUUCAAUGUCCCGGCUCUUUAUACGUCUAUUCAGGCUGUGCUGUCGCUGUACGCGUCCGGCCGCACGACCGGUGUGGUCUUGGAUUCAGGGGAUGGUGUUUCCCAUGCAGUGCCGGUGUAUGAGGGUUUUGCGAUCCCGAACAGUAUACGGCGGAUCGAUGUCGCGGGGCGAGAUGUUACGGAGCAGCUGCAGUUGUUGCUCCGGAAGAAUGGACAUGUGCUGUAUACGAGUGCUGAGAAGGAGGUGGUCCGGAAGAUCAAGGAGGAGGUGUGCUAUGUGUCGCUGGAUCCGAAGCGUGAAGAGAAGGAGUGGAUGAACAGUUAUCAUAAAUCGGAGACUAAGGCCGUGGACUACAGACUGCCUGAUGGGCAUAAGAUCAAGAUUGGUCAAGAACGCUACCGUGCUCCUGAGAUCCUUUUUGACCCCGAGCUCAUCGGCCUGGAGUACCCUGGUGUUCAUCAGAUCGUCCAGGAUGCGAUUACCCGCACAGACCUGGACCUGCGCAAAGAUCUAUACCUCAACAUUGUCCUGUCGGGAGGCUCGACACUAUGCAAGAACUUCCCGGACCGGCUGAUGCGCGAGAUCAAGCGAUUGGCUGUGGAAGACAUGAAGAUCCGUAUUUCUGCGCCGGCCGAGCGGAAAUACACGACCUGGAUCGGUGGUGGAAUCCUGGCUGGUUUGAGCACGUUCCGCAAGAUGUGGGUCAGCGCCGAUGAAUGGCACGAAGAUCCGGAGAUCAUCCACCGGAAAUUCGCCUAAUGCUGCCUUGAACCGCUUGAAGGCAAGGCAACAUAAGUGACGCUAGUCAUCCACCGUUCGCGAACAGCGACACAGUGACAGACCAAAGCCAAACAUACAUUAAGUGAUAUUAUUGAGAAAGUCACGAACCCUCGAUAGACCCGUCAGCUGCUGUUGUCCGCAGAUGAGCAGCAGCUUUUGAUACCCCUCUUUUUUCUCACCUUAGCACGCCUACGAUAUGAUACACUCAUGGCAGAUGCUGCCAUACUCUCAUAUCAUCUCUAUUUCCUCCCCCAUCAACACUCACACAC